AUGGUAGCAAACAUAAAACACUGCUACUCCAUACAGAAGUGCGAUGUAAAGCGGGGUAAAGCUUUAACAAAGCUAUUUCAACUUAAAGCCGAGUUACAAAUGUUUCUUUCAGAUACUUCUUCUAAUUUGAAACACCGUUUGUAUGAUAAAACUUGGUUGUUCCGACUGUCUUUCAUGGCGGAUAUCUUUCAAAAAUUGAACGAAUUAAAUUUAUCAUUGCAAGGUAAACAGACAACAGUGUUCCAGGCCUGUAACAAAAUAACUGCCUUUAAAAGAAAACCAGAUUUUUGGAUUAUUUGCGUUAGUAAGAGAGAAAUAGAAAGCUUUACGUUACUCAGUGAGUUUGUUAGCGAUAACGACUCAGAAAUGUUUCAAGAUGAUGUAUUUGAAGAAUUGGUCCAAUAUCUCACUUCGAUGCGCGCAUGUUUUGAGAAGUAUUUUCCCGAAGAACAGAAUACAAAAUUGAAACUGAAUUCAUGGAUUCAUACUCCUUUUUUACCCACCGUGCAAAAGCCCGAAAGUAUGUCAAAUGAGAUAUAUGAAUCUCUUUUAGAAAUGUCAUCAGACACAAGUAUGGAGUCAUUGUUCAAAACGACAUCUCUCAACGAUUAUUGGUGCAGAAUCCGUGAUGAAUACCCAAUGCUUGCCAAAAUGGCUCUGAAUAUUCUUCUUCAAUUUCCAACAACAUAUUUGUGCGAAACAGGAUUCUCAACCUAUGCAGCCACGAAAACAAAAUACCGGAAUAGACUGGACGCCGAACCUGAUAUGAGACUUCAACUGUCUUCUAUCAAACCUGAUAUCAACCAAUUAAUGAAAAAUAAAAAACAGUUUCGUACCUCCCAUUAG